CAAUCACAGCUUAGCAAGCGCAAGCAACGGGUCCAUACUCCACAAGUGAGGUGUCUGUUUCUGCCGUAGAUGGUAUCGAAUCGAGCAGAAAGUUAAAAACUGGUAACAUAUGAUUCAAAUUUGUAAUUAAAAUGAAUGGAACAGCAUAUUCAAACUUUGACAAUCAAGAACACGUCCUCAAACUAGGCGAAACUUUUGAGAAACAACCUAAAAGUGCAUUCCACACGGUACGAUAUGACUUCAAACCAGCCUCCAUAGACACCACAUGUGAGGGGGAGUUGGAAGUGGGCAAAGGAGAGCAAGUUACAGUCACACUACCGAACUUAGAGGGAUCCAUAACACCUGUUACCGUAUUUAAAGGUUCCAAAAGGCCUUACAUGAAAGAAUGUGUUCUCAUUGUUAACCAUGACACGGGAGAGUAUCGUCUGGAGAAGCUCAGCAGCAACAUUGCAGUCAAGAAGACCAGGGCUGAGGGAAGCAGUAAGAUUCAGUCCCGGCUGGAGCAGCAGACCAGCAGGCUCAGUCAGCAGAUGAAGACCGGAAGUGGAACCAAGGCUCCAUUCAGCACCAAGAGCUCUCCUCCCAAGGAGAAAAUGUCUCCAUCAUCUCCCAUGGAUGAUAUUGAGCGAGAGCUGAUGGCCGAGGCGCGUGUCAUGGAUCAGAUGAGCAGUGGAGACAGCUCCUCAGAUUCCCACAGUUCCUCCUCCUCCAGUAGCGGGGACAGCUCCAGCAGCAGCGACUCCGAGAAUGAGGAUCGCCCCCCACAUAAUGUGGCCCCAGCUCCCCCCCAGAGCACCUCUGCCCUCAACACAUCUCAAAGCCGUGCGGAGGAGAGCAGCGGGCUUUUAAUGAACACACUUAAAAAUGAUCUCCAGUUGAGUGAGUCUGAGAGUGAAAGUGACGACGACUAACCGCGAAGACGUGUGGGACACCUGAUGCUGAGAGAGUCAGGUGUUCAGGAAGUACUUUCUCUAGUAAAAACUUUGUGAUACCUGAAUCCAAAUCCCUCUUCACUUAUGAAAUCUUUUCUUUCACCCAGUUUCUUAGUAAUACUUGCAUCAGCAAAAGCUGUGCAGUUGGACGCAUAGCUGUUUUUUUUUUUUUUUUGCUGUAUUAGUAAAAUGAGAAAAGUAUUUAUUUUGUUGAGAAUGCUACUGCAUAGAUUUUAGUUUUAUAGGAAUGUCCUAUAAUUGCUUUCUCAGAGGUUAUAGAAAUAUAUCUGUUUGUGAAAUAACUGUUUAGAAAGAUCACCACGGUCUUCUUCUAUAUAUAUAUGUGUGUGUGUGUGUGUGUGUGUAUUGAGGCUUAAGAUACUUAAGCACAAGUGAUUCAGUAGCAUAUUAUAAGGAGUCUUAAGGAGCACCAGUGAAGGUGCCAAACUUAAUCUCAGAUAUUUACACAUUACCCAACCUGCAAUACUUGAAUUUGUCUCUCUUUUGAUGAUUCAGAGACAUUUGCUUAUAACAAACUGUGCCUUGAAUAUAAGGUGUAUUUGACUAUCCAUCCCAUUCUCUUGCAUGCGUUUAAGUUCAAUUUUUUCUUCCCCUAAAAUAUGAUAUCCAUUUAAAGGUAGAAGUCUCUGUGUUGUGUGUGUGUUACUGUAAGCCUCUGGAAGGCCCAAAAGCAACACUCACCCUUAAAGGAUGUCUUUAGCCAGCCCUUCUUGAGCACUAAUUUCACAGUAUGACGUGCUAUUCUGUGUAAUGUAGCAGGGUUGACUGGUGUGGUAAAUGUAGUUCUGUGGGAGGUAUUUGAUCGUUAAAAUUGUGUGUAGACUAAUAAAGAUUUGUUUUGUGACGUUUA